UACAUGAUAAAUAUAUGAGUCGCUUUUGUCACUAAGUAUUGAUGAUUGUCUCUGUUAUUAGCUUGGCUACUGUAGCUAAUCUGUCAGUUACUGUGUCUUGCUAAUGUAAACAAUAACACAGUCACGUUAGAGGUGAGCAGCAAGCUAAGGUUUAGCUAGCUACAUACAUACAGUUUCAACCAGAAAGUAAGACAUUGUUGUUGACUAUUUGCUGUUCAAAUUCAGUCCAAAAAUGGUGACUCAACAGCGUUGUUAUCAGCAGGUUGCAUGUGACAGUUUUAGGGUGUAGCUUAGCUUCCAAUGCUUUCACACCCACUGUCCUCCCUAACUUUGGAUGUGUCACUGCCGUAUUCAUGAUCCACUUGGUUUGUUCUGUUGUAUUCUUCUUUAUUUGAGGCCACUGUGAAGAUGCAUGUACUACUGCUCAAAGAGCCAAGAGAUGGAGAGUCUGGACUGGAUCCUUACAUUAAGGAGCUGGCAUCGCAUGGACACAAAGCAACCCUCAUCCCUGUGCUGUCUUUUAAGUUUGUCGCAUUAAACACCUUGUCAGAUAAGCUUUUCCAACCUGAGAAACACGGCGGUCUUAUAUUUACCAGUCCGAGAGCAGUGGAGGCCGUGAAGAUGUGUUUGGAAGCAGAAGAAAGGAGUGAAGAAUGGACCAAAUCGGUGAAAGACAAAUGGAACAAAAAGUCCAUCUAUGUGGUUGGGAAGGCAACUGCUGCAUUAGUACAAAGUCUGGGUCUGAACCCGCUGGGAGAGGACACGGGGACGGCAGAGGUCCUGUCACGUGUCAUCAUUGAACGCGAGGACACAAAUAUUCCACCGCUUUUCUUCCCCUGUGGCUCAAUCAAGAGAGAAGUCUUGCCCACGGCUUUGAGGGAAAAUGGAGUGCCCCUGGAGACGCUGACUGUCUAUCAAACAGCUGAACACCCCGAUCUGGAGAAGAAUCUAAAGAACUACUACACGGAGCAGGGCGUUCCAGCGAGCGUCGCUUUCUUCAGUCCGUCCGGAGUGAAGUUUUGCCUCGAGGUGGUGCGGAGGCUGUCGGGUGAGCAGCUCGCUCAAAUAAAGUUUGCUGCCAUAGGACCCACCACACAAGAUGCAAUGACCGCAGAAGGCCUUUGUGUUGCCUGCGCAGCAGAAAAGCCGACAGCCGAACACCUGGCAGCAGCGAUAGCUAAGGCCCUGCAGUGACCAGCCACGGGCGUUAACACUUGAAUCCACCCACUUUGUUUUGCCUUUUUGUAUAUUCUUUAUUAUACAUAAAAAAUAGGCGACAAAUCAAAGGAAGAAGCUGAACCGUUUAGCCCUACAGUGAGGGAGUCUGGUGACCUCUGGUAUGUUUGCUGGCAUAGUUUGACUGUCCUUAGUGGGAAGAACCACUGCAUCUUAUUUAUGUGACAUGGACCAUCAUCUCAGCCAGUGCUCUCCACCGCCGUCAUAAAAAUUAGGGAAUAUCUUUUGGAAGAAUGGUGUUCCAUCCCCUCAAAGGAUUCUACAAACUUGGACAAUCAAAUAUCAAGGCUGAAGCUUUACUAAGAGACUCUAUUUUCCCUUUAAUUUGUCAUUCAUGUGUCGUCACUUCUCUGUUUCUGAUCUUUUCUACCGUUGUUGGACGCAUGCUUGAGCUGUUUCGCACUGUUGCUUUUAAAAGCUGAGAAUGUCUAAAAUUACUAUUUAUUUGAAGAGAAUAUUAAGAGAGAGUCUGUAAGAGUUAAAGAGCGUGAAUGUAUUGUUUGUUUUUUUUGCCAAUAAACUUCAGUCAGUGUGGUAACGUGGAAA